AUGCCGGGAGGACCUGCCGCGACUGGAAGUGCCAUUGGGGGCUCUGCCACCAGCAAGAGCAAAUUUGCUGGAAUCGCCAUGACGACAUUCAGCGCGUUUGGUGGUAUCCUCUUCGGCUAUGACACUGGUGUUAUCAGUGGUAUAAAAGAAAUGAGGACGUGGCUUAUGCAGUUCGGUUUCCCUACGGAUGACCCCAAGUUCACCACUGGUUACCGUAUCUCCUCGUCCUCCGAGUCUCUCGUUGUUUCCAUUCUUUCGGCCGGUACUUUCUUCGGUGCUUUGAUUGGUGCUCCCGCUGCUGAUAUUCUUGGGAGAAAAUGGGGCAUCAUUUUUGCUUGUCUUGUCUUUUCUAUUGGUAUCGCAAUGCAAACUGCUGCCACCCAAAUGGCUCUCUUCGUUGUUGGACGUGUCUUCGCCGGCCUCGGUGUUGGUCUCGUCUCAUGCUUGAUCCCAAUGUACCAGUCUGAGUGCUCUCCUAAGUGGAUCCGUGGUGCUGUUGUAUCUACCUAUCAAUGGGCUAUCACCAUUGGUAUUCUCCUUGCCGCAAUUGUCAACAAUAGCACGAAGGACUUCGACGGAAAGAACGCUUGGCAAAUCCCUGUCGCCCUUCAAUUUGCUUGGGCUGGAAUUCUCGCCCUCGGAAUGUUCUUCCUGCCCGAGUCGCCUCGCUGGCUCAUCAAGCGCGGACGCAACGCUGAUGCAGCAAUCUCCUUGGGUCGUCUUACUGGUGCCGCUUCGAACAGCCCCGAGGUUGAGACUGAGCUUGAGGAAAUUCGCCAAAACUUCGAAGAGGAAAAAGCGCUUGGCGAAAGCACUUACGCCGAUUGCUUCAAGUUCAGCAAAAACAAGAUUGCCCUUCGUACCCUCUCUGGUAUCUUCAUUCAAGCUUGGCAACAACUCACUGGAAUCAACUUUAUCUUCUAUUACGGAACGACGUUCUUCAAGAACUCCGGUAUCAACAAUCCUUUCACAAUUUCGAUCGUCACUGGUGUUGUCAACGUUGUAAUGACUAUUCCCGGAAUCUGGGGUAUUGAACGUUUCGGUCGUCGUCGCCUUCUCCUUGUCGGUGCCAUUGGUAUGUGCUUGUGCGAGUACAUUGUUGCCAUUAUCGGUGCCACAAUCUCUACCGAGAACAUUGCCGGACAGAAAGUCCUCAUUGCUUUCGUUUGUCUGUACAUCGCAUUCUUUGCCUCCACUUGGGGCCCCAUCGCCUGGGUUAUCACUGGUGAAAUUUUCCCCCUUCAAGUUCGUGCCAAGGCGAUGUCACUUUCGGUUGCCAGCAACUGGCUGUGGAACUUUGGGAUCGCUUAUGCCACCCCUUAUCUCGUCAACAAGGAACCAGGCUCCGCUGGGCUUGAAUCCAAUGUGUUCUUCAUUUGGGGAUCUACCUGCUUCUGCUGCAUCAUCUUCACUUUCCUUUGCAUUCCCGAGACAAAGGGUCUUUCCCUCGAGCAAAUCGAUCUCAUGUACCAGAACACCACCCCGAUCAAGUCCCUCGAAUAUCGCAGACGCCUCAUCGCCGAGGGUGCCGACGCCGUUCACGGCGGCGACGUCAAGCACCACAGCUCCGAGCAUUUCGAGGAGAAAGUUUAA